UGCGGUGGGGCUGGAGGAAGAGAGACGUGCAGCAGAGCUGACACCUUCCUGCAGCCUCGCCUGCACAUGUUGCAGGGCACAGCUGAGACCUUUAUAGCGCAGAGACACCGGGGGACCGCGCGCAACACCUCCACACGCCCCUCAGCCCUCCCCAGGAGAGUGUGUUUGAACUCAAAGAUGGAUUCUUUCAUGAAGAUGGUGGCUGUGGCUGUGGCUCUACUCGUCCUGUCGGAUCCCGCCCGAGUGUUGCCAGGUUCCGAGGAGUCCUGCACAUACCGUGCCGUGGGUGAAUCCCUGACGAUAGACAUCCAAGGCCGCAAGAGCUGUAAUGGAGAGAGUGCCUUGACCUGGAAGCUCAACUCAACGGAUAUUUUCAGGAAAAGGAGAGACGUUAUUACUUUAGGCAAAUCUUUGAACGUGAUGGCAGAUGGGUCACUGCGGUUCGUGGAGCUACAGACACUCGACUCAGGAGAGUACAAGGCUGAGCUCUUCGACUCUAAUGGAGUGCAAUGCGGGCACGCAGCAGUCAACCUGUGUGUGAUCGAGCGGGUGUCCAGGCCCUCGGUGAUGCAAGAAUGCAGCCAGGAUGGUGUGACACUCACCUGUAGCGCCGGGAAGGCGGAGAUAUCCUGGAGUUGUGACGGAGAUGUAAUCGGGGAGGGGGUAACGCUAACGGUGCCGGGCAGACCCGACCGCAACGCUAAGUAUUCCUGCGCGGCCCGGAACAAGGCCAGCGUCGCCAGGAGCGACGAUUUAACAAUUCACUGUGCAGUCCAGCUGUCCGCCACAGUGAUGCCACGCAACCAGGGCGUGAAAGAGGGAGGAGCCGUGACCAUCCUCUGCAACAGCACCCCGCCUGCCGACCAAUACAGUCUCUGGAACCCCAGGGGGCAGAGUCUCUCGGCGGAGGCGGACGGUGAGUUCAGGCUGCAGAAGGUCACGAAAGAGGACGAGGGUCUCUACACCUGCCAGGCCCGGUGGACCCUACCUCGCCCCUACCAUGACACCAACGCCACCGUCGAACUGCGUUUUUCCAGCGGCAACGAUGGCCGUGCUGGUCGAGGGGGCAUGGCCACACAGGUCACCUCAGGGACAACGGACAGGCCGUUCCUCCUGACCGCAUAUAUCAGUUUAUUCUUUUGUCUUUCUGUGCUGAUAGUUUAAAGGGUAUCACAUUCUUUGAAUAACUCCUAUAUAACUCCUUCAUAUGCAGUACACAGCACACAGCAUUCAUGAGUGAUUAUGUCAAUAACUGCAAAUUGGCACAUGGUGUGUCAUAGCUUUGUCAACAUUCAUGCAGCAAGUGGGCGGUCUGUAGCGUAGUGGUUAAGGUAAAUGACUGGGACCCAAAAGGUCAGUGACUGGUAAAUGACUGGGACCAAAAAGGUCAGUGGUUCGAACCCUGGUGUAGCCACAAUAAGAUCCACACAGCCGUUGGGCCUUUGAGCAAGGCCCUUAACCCUGCAUUGCUCUAGGGGAGGAUUGUCUCCUGCUUAGUCUAAUCAACUGUAUGUCACUCUGGAUAAGAGGGUCUGCCAAAUGCCAUUAAUGUAAUGUAAUGUAAUGUAAUGUAAUGUGAUGUAAGUGACAUUACCAUGAUAUACCAAAAGGAAUGACACUGUGUGUGUCAGGGGUGCCAAACUCCAGUCCUGGAAUUGGCCGCUGAUUCAAAGGAAACCGCAAAUACCAGCAGACACUGCAGCCCUCCAGGACUGGAUGUUGACACCCCUGGUAUAUGUCAUCAAUGUUGGCAGAACACACCAUAUACCUAUUUGAGGUUAUUGACAAUAAGCACUUAUGAACUAUGUAGUGCUUAUGAAUGAAUUAUAUAGCUCUUAUGUAGGACCCUUCAAAGUGUUACUGUUUAAAGACAUACAAUGCAGGAUUAUUUAGCCUGGCUGUGGUCCUGUGUUGACAACAAAAUACUCCUCCAUCAUCAACUCCCCCACUCCCCUCCAUUUUGUAUUUUAUAUCUAUUUCUAUACUGCUUUUAUUUUUAUAUCUCUUUUAUAUCUUUAUAUAGUUUUUUGAUAGCUGUUGCCGUUGAGGAAAAGCAAUUGCAAGCGCUGUUGGCUUUUUGUUUCACUUUGUAGUACUCUUGCUUCUAAUAGCGACCUAGCUGUUAUAGACACACAUAAUGCUUCAUAGACACCAGAGCUUGCUGUUAUAGACACACAGAAUGCUUCAUAGACACCAGAGCUAGCUGUUAUAGACACACAGAAUGCUUCAUAGACACCAGAGCUAGCUGUUAUAGACACACAGAAUGCUUCAUAGACACCAGAGCUAGCUGUUAUAGACACACAGAAUGCUUCAUAGACACCAGAGCUAGCUGUUAUAGACACAGAAUGCUUCAUAGACACCAGAGCUAGCUGUUAUAGACACACAGAAUGCUUCAUAGACACCAGAGCUAGCUGUUAUAGACACACAGAAUGCUUCAUAGACACCAGAGGUUUGAGAUUCAGGUGUGAAGACAGUCUGGCCAAUCGGUUGCAGUAACUGCUCAGUUAAUUACCAUACCAGGGAGAAAGUAAAACCAGUGCCGGAUUUGGAUUUGAGGGGAAGAUUUGAGGGUUUUACUGUAAGGCUGUGUGGCAGAGCAGGGCAGAUCUGUCUUGUGAUUUCAUCCCUCUUAAUUACUGCAGUGUGACAAAAAAGUGCCCCUCCUUUCAAUUCAGACAAAAGCAGCCAUCAUCUAGAGCUCAACAAUCCCAACAGUGGAUAAAUCUAACCCAGCACGGCUCAGUCUUAACGCACAACAGACUUUGAUGUGGCUACACAUUUCGGAAAAACCUCCAUGUUUCCGUGUUUGCAGCAUUGUGAUGCAGAGAUGCUUCAAUGAAAAUAAUAAAUGAAUCAUAUUAAA